AUGGGAAAAUUGCAGAUUCUGUGCAUAACGAUCCUUGUUGCUGUAGCGGCUGCCAGUUAUGACCAAGGACAUGGCCACGCUUACUCUUCGCAGCACAUUUCUCGGCAUGAUGGACCCGCUCAUCCAGUACAUGUGCAUGGUCAUUACCACGGUCACGGUGGAGGACACGGACAUGGUCACGAUCACGGUCACGAUCAUAUCGACUACUAUGCUCAUCCUAAGUAUGAGUUUGACUAUAGAGUAGAAGACCACCACACUGGUGAUAAGAAGUCCCAGCAUGAGUUCCGCGAUGGAGACGUUGUUAAGGGCGUUUACAGCUUGCACGAGCCAGAUGGUUCUAUAAGAGUUGUAGAGUACCACGCUGAUAAGCAUAACGGUUUCCAUGCAGACGUUAAGCACAGCACCCACCACAUCGUUCCUAAGCACCACCAUUAUUAA